UUAUCAUCUGUUCCAGCAAAUCAACCUUCCGUCUGCGAUGGAGACGGCGCUGAAGCUGGAUAAGGUGGAGUUUGUGAAGCUGCUGCUGGACCACGGCGUGGAGCUCAGCAAGUUCCUCACCGUGCGCAGACUGAGGGACCUGUACGAUGAUGUGAUGACGGGCAGUGCAGACGUGGAGGCGAGUGCAGAGCUGGUCCGAGGGCUGGUCGAGCAGGAGAAGGUCGGCGUCUUAAACCCCUGCUGCAGCAGAGAUCGUCUCGAGGAGGACAGGGUCGACCUUCUUCCUCUGGUCGGCAAGGUCAUCUGCACCAAGCUGCUCGUGGGGCAGAUCUCAAGCCUCUACAGUGAGGAUAAGUACCUUGUGCGGGAGGCGACAGUCCAGGACCUGGGAAAGACGCUAAGUAAGAUGCCGGCAGAGUUUGAGAACCCGAUGCAGCACCUGCUUCUGUGGGCGGUCAUGAUGAACCGGAGAGAGCUGGCUCUGCUCUUCUGGCGCAUGGGCAGGGACCACAUCGCGUCAGCCCUGACGGCCAGCAAGGUCCUGAAGUCCUUGGCCAAGGUCGCGGAUUCCGAGGAAGAGCUGGAUCUCAGUCUGGAUCUCAAGAACCAUGCGGACGAGUUUGAGCAGCUUGCCCGAGGGGUCAUCAACGAGUGCUACGGAUUGGACAAGAAGAAGUCACAUGACCUGCUGAUCCGUCGGCAGGAGAACUGGGGCGACACGACGUGCAUGGCGAUCGCCUCGUCCAGCCGGCACCUCGACUUCAUGAGUCAUGCCGCCUGUCAAUCAAAACUCAACCUCAUCUGGAAGGGCAAAAUGGCGCUCUACACGUCAUGGUGGAAGCUGAUCCUGUCGACGUUUCUGCCCUUCAUGAUCUUCACCAUCAAGUUUGUGGACCAGGAGGAGGAUCAGCUUCCGGAUUCUCCUCCCAACUCCCCCGUAGCCUCCCCGCGCAAAACUCCCCGCUUCAGGCCACACAAAUACGUGCACAGAGCGAAGCGACUUUUGAGUGUUUCCUGGCAACUGGGGUCAAAGGGCAUUGGGCCGCUUCAGGCCAUCUACAACUUCCACGUGGCUCCAGUUACCAAGUUCAUGUACACGGCAGUGUUCUACGUGGCGUUCCUGGUGAUCUUCAGCGUGUUCAUCCUGACAGACCUGCAUCCGCUGGAGGAGGAGCCGAUCGGCAUCUUGGAGUGGCUCACCAUCGCCUGGCUGGCCAGUCUGCUGGUGGAGGAGCUCAGGCAGAUCCUAGCGGAGCGCCCUCGCUCGUUCUGGCACAAGAUCCAGAUCUGGUUCGGGGAUUUCUGGAACAUGAUGGACUGUGGUCUCCUCCUGAUGUUUCUGCUCUCACUGGUCCUGCACGUGACGGUGUCGGCGGGGUCAGGGUUCGAGGUCGUGCGGGUCAUGUACUGCAUCACGCUGGGGUUCUCCUUCGUGAGGCUACCGCAGCUGUUCAUGGUGCACAAGGACAUCGGGCCCAAGGUCAUCAUGAUACAGAAAAUGGUGAGCAAUUAG